AUGGCGGCGAGUAUAACACGUGGUGUCCGCGUUCGCUUCAAAGCUACAUAUUUCGACGAAAAUGAUGGCCAAAACACCUGGAGUCGCAAACAUUUUGGUGAUAACUACGAUAUAAGUUAUUGUUGGGGUACUGUAAGAAAGGUAGAAAACAACUAUGCUAGGGUACAUUGGGAAAUUAACAAAAAAAUUUCGUUGGUGCCCGUUGUUCUGAUUGCUGAUAUCGAAAACGAUAACUUAUUGGAAGCAAAUACCAAUGAAGAAAAUUUGGCCCUGCGCUUAACACAACCGUCAGACCUUGAUGAUUCUGACAAAUGGCGUAAUACCAGAACACUAGUAAUGAUGGUGAAUGAUAAACUAAAAGAUACCAUCCGUUCUGGUGCAAAAAUAACUGUAGAUGAAUCCAUGUUCGCCUGGUAUGGAAGAGGUGCGUACUGCCAGCAGUUAUGA